AUGUCCGACCUCAUUGAGCUUCUCUCUGACCUUGCUCUUCUAGAGUCGACCCCGUCAGAUAUGGAUCAGCGUGCAGUGAGCUUGAUUUUCAACAUCAAGAGAGAGGUCGACGAGUUCCUUGCCAAUCUUACUAUGUCUGCCAACUUAGCAGCAACCUCACCUCACCACGAUGAAUAUUCUACCGUUAGUACAUCGAAAUAUACACAAUCCACUCUGGGCACGAGUAGAUUGAUUUGGGACCACCACCGGGAUGCCGCUCUCUAUGAUGGAUUCGGAUCUUUGUCUCAGAGCACCGACUCUAGUACUGACUCCAUGCAUGCCCCCUCCCUCCAAGCCAAUCCUGGCCUUGGAGUUACUGCCCUGUAUAAGAGCAGCGAAUCUCGCUUCGAAGCUAUGAAUGCCAAUUGUAUGCAAGUCAAUUCAUACGAGAAUGAGACCCACUCUGAAUCCAGAUUUGGAAUCAUGAACGGCGACCUUAUGGUCAUCAACGCCCUCAAAGAAGGCCUUCUCAUUCCUCAGUUGACGGAUACAGCUUUGAAACGCCCAGCAGCUACCGGCCCAUACGAUCUCAGCGUCAGCCACUCCUCGGCUUCCUCUCCCACCUCUACAGGCUUGUUUCCCAUUCCAUUCCCUACUAGGGGAACCACAACCCAAAACAAGCGUGUGUUUCCUGGAGCACUGGUGGCAUCAGGUCGUACCUCUGGCGCAAACCUUGUUCCGGAUAGCGCAACUGCUACCAAUUUCACUGGGCCGUCAAAUAGCGAUUCUGCUCUCAGAGGAAACGCCACACAGAUGAAAAGAGCAUUAAGUGAGGCAUCAAGCCGUAUCGCUGCUGGUGGGGCACAGAAGAAGGCGAAAGGUGACAUGGAUCCUGAGAACCACGAAAUUUAUCGCCUGCGACAAGAAAACAAACAAUUCGACGAAAUCGCAGAGAUCAUCAACAACGUUCGGUCCUCCCACGGCAAGCCUCCGAACCUCACAGGAAAUGCAAUCUACGGCCGCUACAAGCGAAACGCGACACUCAUCGCCGCUGCAAAAGGCGAAGUCUACAAGCCCUGUGCCCUUGAUUUCCAGGCGGGAACAAACCUCAAGGUCAUCACGCAACCGGUACCUGCUGGCUUUGAUGACAACGAGGAUAGGCUGCUUGUUGAAGCGUACAAGUACGUCAUGGAGAACGCAUGGGUGCUAGUGAGCAAGCGCCUCGAGGAAACGUCUGGCCGUGUUCAUGAUCCAGUCGACUGCGCCAAUCGCUUCGCCUACCUCUGA